CAAUGAUGGUGAAAGCAAGCCUUUCAGUCGUUUACUGUUCACUGCCAUUGUCGUAAUUCAUAAGCACAUUGUCAUAAUGAUCCUGCUGAAACUGGGAAACCUCUUAAGAAAUUUGAAAUUUUGUCGGAAAUAAUAUCUUCUAUAAUGCAGGAAAAUUCACGCAAUUCCAGCGAUAGCGAGAAACAGAUAUAAAUAUGGAAGAACAACUGAUGUUUCCAAAAAUAGGCUCAAUGGAGAAAGAUAUCGACAUGCCAAUGACUGUAGAAAGUUUGUGUAUGGCAUGCGACGAAAAGGGUAUCACAAAAAUGCUUAUGGUGAAAAUUCCUUAUUUCCAAGAGGUUGUGAUAAUGUCAUUUGAAUGUGGUCACUGUGGAAACAGAAAUAAUGAAAUACAAUCUGUUGGACCAGUCCAAACACUUGGCAUAAGGAUUGAAGUUAGAGUAACAAAAGAGGAUCUGAACAGACAGGUGGUGAAAACGAAUUCUGCUCUUGUGAGAAUACCUGAUUUGGAUUUUGAGAUACCAGCUUUUUCCCAAGGAGGAGAACUAAGUACAAUUGAAGGAAUCCUCGAACGAGCUGUGUCGUCACUAGAGCAACAUGUACCUAUACAAAAGGUGUUAAACCCAGAGCAAGCAGAAAAACUUGAUAAAUUCAUUCAAAAACUCAGGUCGUGUCGAGAUGGUCUAAUUUCAUUUACAUUCGUGCUUGACGACAUUUCUGGUAAUAGUUACGUAGAAAAUCCGCUUGCACCGAAAUCUGACGACGCCAUGACAAUUACAAAAUAUGAAAGAACAAAAGAACAAAACCAAUUAUUAGGACUAGACGAAACUAGAGACGUAGAAGUUGAAAAUGCCUCUGACGAAUUUGAUGCUAACGACGAGGUGUUGGAGUUUCCUACAGACUGCCCUCGCUGUAAAUGUCCGACAACGACAAAAAUGAAAGCUGUCGAUAUUCCUCAUUUUAAGCAAGUUAUUAUCAUGUCUAUUGAUUGUUCAAAUUGUGGAGAACGAUCGAACGAAGUCAAAUCAGGAGGUGGAAUCGAGGCCAAGGGUAGCAGGAUUGAAUUACUGAUAACAGACCCGACAGAUUUGUGCCGUGAUGUAUUAAAGUCUGACACGUGUGUACUGCAAAUACCAGAACUUGAGUUUGAACUAGAAAGUGGAACGUUGGGUGGACGCUUUACAACCGUUGAAGGUCUUCUGGUUAACAUUAAAGAAAGCCUUGAAGAACGAAAUCCUUUCUUCCUUGGCGAUUCAUCAUCAGAGAAUAAUUCACUAAAAAAGUUUCUCACAAAGCUUAAUGAGGUUAUCGAAGGAAAAAGACAGAAUAUUCACGUUAUUUUGGAUGAUCCAGCUGGUAACAGUUAUAUACAGAAUGUGUACGCACCCGAAGAUGAUCCAAACAUGAAAACCAUGCAUUAUGAACGCACGCCAGAGCAAAAUGAAAAUCUCGGUAUCAGUGAAGAAAUGCUAUUGGAAUUUAGUUACCAAUCGCAUGCAUAAAUGGAAUCAACUAAAAGUGGAACUGAUUUCAUUUUGUUGUUUGCCCGAUGAUCUCUCGAAAGAACAGUUCACAAGGAUAGUCACCUCGUUCACUCAAUAAUGUUUCAAAUAGACUGAAUUGUUAGAUAAAGGACACUGUCGUGUGUAUAUAGCUCUAUUUUAAUUGUUUAGUGUAGCGAGAAUCGCUAUUAUUCCGAGUAUCAUAUUAUUCUUAAUAUUAUAAAUGAAAAAUUUACUCAAUUUAUAUUAGUAUAGAUAAUAAAAUAGUUUCGAGUACAAUUACGGAUAAACAUGCACGCGUGAGUUUUUAAAGACUGCAGCAAAUCUCACGGGUGCAUGAUUACACGUAAUUGCACGAGAAACUACUGUUACUGAGUAAUAA